AAAAGGCUUUUGGUUUGAGGAUGCAAGAUGCCCAUCACAAACUUAUAUUCUGCUUCCAGGAGAGCCUUGAUAUGCUUACCCUAAACCAUGUCGGUUACAGCUACCUCAGCUGCUUCAAUGGGGAUUUUGGGUACAUACGAGAGCUGAUGGAGACCAACUUCCUCAGCUGCAUAGCCAUAACUAUUUCUGCCCUACCAAUGCUGAAGGAGAGCAAGGGCAGCAUCAUUAUCAUUUCCUCCAUGGAAGAAACUGCUAUGAAAACCAUCUCCCAUGUGAUUCAUGGGACAGCUGCAUCAGAGGAGUGCGUGCUGGAGAUCAUCAAGAGCAGACCACUGCACCAGAAAGAGCUGUACUAUCUGUACUUGACCAUGAAGAGUCUGCUCUUCUUUCAAGACUGGGCUCCAGACUUCCUUAAUUUUCUCAUAAAAGUAAAAAAAUAUCAGAAGAACAUAGCUAAAGAACACAAUGGGGCCUCCUGAGGCAGCUAGUGUGUCAGCACAAGGCCACAAGAACACAGUGGCACGUUGUGCAGGAUGCACGAUUUUGGAGUUAAUCUAGCUAUUCUGGGUGCUCUUUGCUAAGUCACCAGAGUGGCUUCACAGUGAUACAUCACAGCAGUUGUGUUCCCACUCAUACAAGUGUUUUCAAAAAAUCCUGUGCUAUGAUGUUGCAUGUGGGCUCUUUCUGAAGACAACAUGGCUGGGGAACACAGGGCCUCUUCAGAGCUGCCAAUAUAAGAAGAGAUAUAUCAGGAACCUAUGACACAGCACGCAAAUGUAUAUUUUAGUAACAACUGCUUGUAACUGGCUUUAUCUGAUCAAUAAACACUUCAGCAGAGUAAACUGACAGCAGGAUUUCC